AAAAUAAAAUCCUUAUCCACCCUCCCACGCUCGCUCCCCCCGCCUACCCGGCCGACUGCGAGCUCCUCCUCCUCCAUGGCGUCUCAGAUCUAACAGUGGUGCCCCGCUACUUCUGCCCCGCUUCCUUCGUCCGCGUCUUUUCCCCAGACCGCUUCGCUCCUUGGGAAUACUCGUUUCUCUUUCCAAAUGCCGAGAAUCGCCUACUCCUUCCCUGAGGAAGUCCUCGAGCACGUCUUCUCCUUCAUUCACUCCGACCAGGACCGCAACGCCAUCUCUUUGGUCUGCAAGUCGUGGUACGAGAUCGAACGUUGGUGCAGGAGGAGCAUUUUCGUCGGCAACUGCUAUGCUGUCAGCCCUGCCAUGGUGGUCAAACGGUUCCCUAAGCUGAGAUCCAUUUCGCUCAAAGGAAAGCCUCACUUUGCGGACUUCAAUUUGGUUCCCGAGGAGUGGGGUGGUUAUGCCUGCCCUUGGAUCGAAGCUAUGGCUGGUGCCUGUCCGUGGCUGGAGGAGAUCAGGCUCAAGAGGAUGGUCAUCACGGACGAGAGCUUGGAGCUGAUUUCCAAAUCUUUCAAAAACUUCCGAGUCUUGGUAUUAUCCUCGUGCGAGGGAUUUAGCACUGAUGGACUGGCCGCCAUUGCUGCCAAUUGCAGGAAUUUAAGGGAGUUGGACUUGCGGGAGAGUGAAGUGGCUGACCUUAGUGGCCAUUGGCUAAGUCAAUUUCCUGAUUCAUUCUCAUCGUUAGUUUCCCUUAACAUCUCUUGCUUAAGUUCUGAGGUGAGUAUAUGUGCCCUAGAGCGACUGCUGGCUAGGUGUCCUAACCUGCAGUCUCUUCGCCUCAACCGUGCUGUGCCCCUUGAAAGGCUAGUCAACCUAAUUGGCCGUUCGCCUAACUUGGUUGAGUUAGGCACGGGAACUUACUCAAGUGAGAUGCAACCUGAUGUCUUCUCAGACCUAUCAAGAGCUCUUGUAGGGUGUAAACAACUGAAGAGCUUAUCUGGAUUUUGGGAUGCAAUGCCAUACUACCUAUCGGCUGUCUAUCCUAUCUCUUCCAGGCUUACUUCAUUAAACUUGAGUUAUGCUACUACUGAGAGCCCCUAUCUCAUCAAGCUUGUUGGUGAAUGCCGGAAUUUGCAGUGUUUAUGGGUGCUGGAUUACAUAGAAGAUUCAGGCCUGGAAGCCCUUGCUGCAUCAUGCAAGGAUUUGAGGGAGUUGAGGGUGUUUCCUUCUGAUCCAUUUGUGUUAGAACCAAAUGUUGCAUUGACAGAAAGGGGCCUCGUUUCCGUAUCUGAAGGCUGCCCCAAGCUCCAGUCAGUUCUCUAUUUCUGUCGCCAGAUGUCUAAUGCUGCCUUAAUUACAAUUGCCAGAAACCGGCCUAACAUGACUCGGUUUCGCCUUUGUAUUAUUGACCCUCGAAAACCGGACUACCUCACUCUUCAACCACUGGAUGAUGGCUUUGGAGCAAUUGUAAAGCAUUGCAAGGACCUUCUGCGCCUAUCCCUUUCUGGUCUUCUUACUGAUCGUGUUUUUGAGCACAUUGGAACUUAUGGGAAGAAGCUUGAGAUGCUUUCUGUGGCUUUUGCUGGAGAUAGUGAUCUGGGGCUUCAUUAUGUGCUGUCUGGGUGUGACAACCUUAGGAAGCUGGAGGUCAGGGACUGCCCCUUUGGUGACAAGGCCCUCCUGGCGAAUGCUGCAAAGCUGGAGACAAUGCGAUCCCUUUGGAUGUCCUCCUGCAAUGUGAGCUUUGGAGCAUGUAAGCUGUUGGGUCAGAAAAUGCCUAGGCUUAAUGUUGAAGUCAUUGAUGAAAGGGAAGAACCUCCAGAUUCAAGGCCAGAGAGUUGCCCCGUCGAGAAACUAUAUAUAUACAGGACCAUAGCAGGACCGAGAAUGGACAUGCCUGGUUUUGUGUGGCGAAUGGAAGGUGAUUCUGCAUUAAGGGUUUCUUGAGCGAUUGUGGCGUAGAUUGAACGCUACUUCAGGCGCAUCUGGUGAGAAUCGUCAAUGGCAGGUACACGCUCAGUAGGCUGGCCACAUGAUAAAAUAUAUUGUUGCCAGGCUCGGACAAGUGCAGUUGUGGAUGUGGUUGGUGUUUGAGCUAUGUACCGGAGGAUACGGAGGCUCGUGCUCCUUUGCCCUUCAUUUUACACUCUGGCUGAGUAAAUUAAUAAAUAGACUGAAUUUUGGUUAUUGCGAUUUGCAACUGCAUGUGAUGGAGUCACGUUAUUCUUCUUUCAGGGUAUAUUCUGCGGACUUGCGCGUAAUUCAUGCUCGCUACCUUUAUAUGGGUGGUGUUUGAUAUUGUGGAAUCCUUUGAGAUUUAGUCAAUAAAAUUCGUGUUCAAAUGCUCAGCCUUGUGGAUCUCCCUUGUCUACAAUGUUAAUGUCACCGAAGCCUUGCAUUCGUUCAAUCCAUUGAAUCGGAGUUGAAAUUCUUACCAGAAUGAGCCUUGGAUUUCCGGUUCCGUCGUGUGAGCGAGGCUGGGGAUGGUAUGCAGUGCAAAGUGCAUAUAAAUGUUGAAGGACUAAAAAUACGUUAUACGUGUACAAUAAUAAAAAACAAUUUUUGGAGGGUCAUAGCCCCGUCAGCCUCCCUUACGUUCCUUUAAACGGGGAUGUGACUUACCUAUCAUUUUUUCAACUAGGUUUUAAUGCUUUAAAAUUUUAAGUGAAGACGUAAUAACAAAUCCGUUCAAUUUUUGUUGUUGGUUGGAAA